CAUCUCACUGUCAUCCGGUAUUGCAUUUCGUUUCGAGGAAAUUGUCAAAAAAGUGCAACUUCCUACAAUUCGGGAGAGUGAAAUACAUUUUUAUUAUUUGUCACACAAUUCGUUACAAUUUUCAUAACAAAAUGUUAAUUGAAAAGUGUAAACAUAUCAGCAGAUCAAAUAACAUUCAAAUCAAACUAAAAUCUGGAACCAUCUCAUGUCGACACAGCAAUAGCCAUGGGAAUUUGUUACAUCGCUUCUAUGACUAUCUGGCCAACUAUUAUGCACAGCAUUGUGAUCCGACUCGGCAUCUUCAUCGUCAUGGCCAUCGCGAUUACUAUGGCCGUCGCAUGUGCUAUCUAUCAUCUCUAAUGGCUGUGGUUUUGGGUGUCAUUCUGUUGCCAUUGCCACAACGAUGCAAUGCUGUCGGCUACUCCUAUACCCGUUUCCGAGGACCUGUCUCUGGUCCCGAGCAUCGCAUCUAUGUACGCAAUGGAGUUGCUUCUUCAUCGCUUGGCACUCAUGAUCACCACCCUGAUGAGGAGUCACACUUGGAUUAUGUUGCCAAACCGGAAUAUGAAUUUGCAUACGGCGUAGAAGAUACACAAGCCCAUAUUUUGCACAAUCGCAAUGAGAUGCGUGACGGCGAUGCUGUAAAGGGGGUUUAUAGUGUUGUUGAUCCAGAUGGCACUCUGCGUGUAGUGCGAUAUACAGCUGACGAUGUCAAUGGUUUUCAGGCUGAGGUGGUAAAAAAUGGCAUUUCUGCCAUACACGGUCAAUUACAAAAGGAUACACCUGCUCCUUCACACAUUCCCACAGACUAUAACAAUCACUAUGGUUACAAUAGAUAUCCUUCGUUGAAUAGUUAUUCCUCAGAUAAUUACAAUAAUUAUCAAAAUCCAGGAUAUUAUUAUCCAGCAACGGUCGAUCAUGUGACUCCCCCAACAACAACAACAUCUGAUAAUAAUUACAACAAUUAUCAAAAUUAUGAAGAUCAAAAUUACGAAGAUCCAAAUGUCAAUCCAGAGGAUAAUGUGGAACAUGUUAAUGUGGAGGAUAAUGGGGAAUAUCAUCCCCAGUAUGAAGUGCAUGAAGAAGAGCCAUCUUCGGAUGAUGGGAAUGUUAAGGAGGAGGGCGAAAAUGACAAUAAGAAAGGUGGAGGUGGCAAGAAAAAGGAUUAUGACGAUGAUGAGGAGGAUGAAGACGGAGAUGAUGAUGAUUAUGAUGACUCGGAUGAAUUGGAAGACUAUGAUGAAGCUGUUAAGAAGAAUAAAGGUAGCGAUGAAAGUGAUGAAUAUUAUUAAGAGCAAAUAAUUUGCAUGGAUAUACAUUAAUUUAAGUAAAUUACUGAAAAUUAUUUUAUGAUAUUAUAAUGUGAUAGGUAUUAGCAAUUAUGAUAA